UUGAAACCUGUGAUGCGCACAGUGACAAAAUGGGGUCCGAACAGAGGAAGAAAGUUUUGGGGUUGUAGGAAUUUUGUGAGUCAUGAUAUUGAAUGUAGAUGCAAUUACUUUGUUUGGGAUUCAGACUAUAUGCCUCAAACACAACAGAGAACUCCACAACAACUACAUACACAAUGUUUAGAGUGCCCCCAAAAGGAGUUGGACAUUAUGACUCUUAGGAAUGUCAUUUUGAAGAUGCGUGGAGAUCACAAGUCAACCAUUAUUAAGAUGAAGUUGCUGCUAUUUUUAUGCGUUUUGUUUGGUGUAGCAUGUGUUGUUUUAUUGUUGAUCUUAGCUCUAAAAUGAGCUUAUUGUAGUAGAUGUAAUUUUCUUGAGGUUGAUGUAGUAGAUUUGUUGUAAGUAUGUAGUUA